CGGCGCUAUGUCUGCGAGUAUGUUGGAUGCAGCAAGCAGUUCAAGCGGCAGGAGCAUUUGAAGCGUCAUUUUCGUGUCCACACUGGCGAGCGGCCAUACAAGUGCCCGUCGGCUGGGUGCGACAAGGGUUUUGCGCGGAUGGACAAUCUCAACCAACACAUUCGCACGCAU